UGAGAAUAAUUUUCUCAGUUUUUACUCAUUAAAAAAUGUACUGGAUUUAAAUAGAUCUGAACAUUCAUGAAGUCUAUUUUUGCACCAUAUCACCCGAAAUUGCCUGCAAGGUUUGUACAAAAAAAUGUACCUAGAAUCUAUGACCCAGUUGAGAUGUGAUGUGAUGUGACCUGACUUCGAGACACGCCCAUCUUGGCGUGUGUGGGUGUGGCUGAAUAUCGAAGAAUGACGGGGAACAUGGCGGAUGGACAGUGAGAGUGAACUAGUGAGGGAACACGAAACCAGGUAGUGGUCACACGAAUGUUUGAGAAAGGAACUAAGUAGAAGACGUGGAAGAAAGAUCCCCCAGCGUUCCCUGAUCCAUGUCCAUCAGCACACAAAGUAUGUGUCAGCGUCAACAUUGAUCAAUAUGUUUAAGGCAGUUCAGGUUUUGCUUGUGUACAAAGAUAAUUUUCCUCUACACACAAUUUGGCUUCCACAUUUGCAGCAUAUAUAUGACUUUUGGUGACAAAAAAAGAGGCUCAGGUUGUGUGCCUGUAGAAAUUGUCUCCUCUUUGGGAUAUAGUUCCAGGGAUAUAAUGUGAAAUGUUUUUACAAAGAAGUGAGAUUUUUUUUAACUCUCCAUAAUAAUCAGUUUUUAUGAAUAUUACAGUCAGAGGAACAAACCAAAGAGGAAUUUGGAAAUACAAAACGUUAAUUUCCGUUGUGGUGGCAGGUUAUGGUCGAACUCAAAGACCUUAAUCAUCUCGAGAUUAACAGAGUUGAUCAGAAGAAUUAAAUUUACAGGCUUAAGGAACAUUGAACUUAAAUGCAAAAUUUGCAUCAAAUCUAAAUUACUGCUUGAGGUUGGCAGGGAAUAUUUGGUCUUACAUAUUAAGCUAUGAAGGCUUCACAUCCGUCAGGGUAUUAUAAGAGAUUUAGUUGAUUUACGCGUAGGAAAUGUGUGGGAUGGUCACGCUGAAAGCCAUCAAAAACCUGUAUGUAUGCAUACAGACACGCCAUCUAUAAGAUAAAUCAAGCAAAACCAAACAGGGAUGUUUAAUUGUAUGGCCUUAUUGAAGUUUAGAAUUCAUACUAUGCUGAAUGUUUUAUUAAAACUCUAUGAUUAAAUACCAUAUUUGCAUGUAAUUGGCUAUAUCCUAGAGGAUUUUGAAUGUAUUAACUGGAAAAGGAAAGAUCAUUUGUAUUUGGAACUUCAACUGGUAAUUAGGUCAAGUCUAUGCAGAUGUCAUUAAGUGUUUAUUUUUCUUGAUUUUUGAAUUUAAAAAAGAAUAUGUGCAGUAUGAUUCACCUGAAGUUUGAUAGGUGUCUUAAGUAUGUAGAAUAUAAUCUUGCAAUCCUUUGAGAAACAAGAUUGUAUAUGGAAAAUUUACAUGCAGAGAAUUUAGCUUGCCUGGAAACAAAUUUCUUCAUUUUUGAGAUAAGGAGUUCAGCAUUGCAGCUUGCUGUAUGAUUGGCUGAGCUGGAGUUCAGCAUAGCAGCCUGCUGUGCAAUUGGCUGAGCUGGAGUUCAGCAUCGCAGCUUGCUGUGUGAUUGGCUGAGCUGGAUUUCUGCUCUGCACCUGCUGUGUGAUUGGCUGAGCUGGAGUUCUGCACUGCACCUGCUGUGUGAUUGGCUGAGCUGGAGUUCUGCACUGCACCUGUUGUGUGAUUGGCUGAGCUGGAGUUCAGUGUUGCAGCUGCUGUUUAAUUGGCUGAACUAGAGUAAUGCAUUGUAGUCUACUUUGUUAUUGGCUGAACUGGAUUUUCAGCAUUGCUACCUGUUGUAUGAUUGGCUGAGCUAGAGUUCAGCACUGCAGCCUGUUGUUUGAUUGGUUGGAUUGAGUUCUUACAGGUUACUGUUUGCUAAACUGGAUUUUAGUAUUGCACUUGCUGUGUGAUUGUCUGAACUAGAGCUAGACAUUGCAGCCUGCUAUGUGAUUGGUUGAGCUGGAGUUCAGCGUUGUAGUCUGUUGUGUGAUUGGCUGAGCUAGAUUUCAGCAUUGUAGCCUGCUCUGUGAUUGGUUGAGCUAGAUGUCAGCAUUGCAGCCUGCUGUGUUUUCAUAAUGUGUACUGUUAUAUUGUAAAUGUAUUACAUUUGCGUGUGUAUUCUAUUUAGUGUCUUUCAUGGAAAACAGCUUCUGCUAAAUCAAGUACAUCAUUUUUGAAUGUCUCGUGCAUUUCUAUUUUUAUGUAGCAUAUUUAGAUAGUGCCAAAUGAAAUGUACACUAACUUAUUGAAAAAUUUAUUUCUUCCAAAUCUUGUACACGCUAAAUAUAAUACAUUUACAGCAUAUUGUGAAUAUCACCCAAAAUUAUUGUACAUUAGGAAAAUUAAUAUUCUAAUGAUUAAAUCAAUAUUGAAAAUUUUAAACUCUUGACAUGGUAUAUGUCAUUUUUUCUCUCUUGUUUUAUAAUUAGAUAUUUUGUAGAACAUCAUCUUGCUAAAAAUAAAUACUUUGUUGGUUUCUUUUUAAAUAAUGGCAUUGUGACAUACUAUCCUAAAAAUAGAAAGAAAAAACCAUUGAAGUAGCAUGGUGGUGGAACACCAUAAAUGAGACUAUGAAAGAAAAAAAUCAUGACGCAUUCAUUUUUUAGCUCACUUUUCACAUUUUCAUCUUCUUCUCAAGAACCACUGGGCCAAUUAUAACCAAACUUGGCCAAAACCAUCCUUGGGUAAAGGGCUUUCAAGUUUGUUCAAAUGAAAGGCCAUGCCUUUGAGAUAAUCACAAAAAUUCAAAAAUAGGGUGGGGUCAUUUAAAAAUCUUCUCAAGAACCACUGGGCCAGAGGAGCUGAAAUUUUCAUGAAAGCUUCCUGAGAUAGUGCAGAUUCAAGUGUGUUCAAAUCAUGGGCCCCGGGGGUAGGUUGGGGCCACAAUAGGGGAUCAAAGUUUUACAUAGAAAUAUAUUGGUGAAAAUCUUUAAAAAUCUUCUUCUCAAGAACCACUGGGCCAGAAGAACUGAAAUUUAUAGGAAAGCUUACUGACAUAGUGCAGAUUCAAGUUUGUUCAAAUUAUGGCCCCCAGGGGUAGAUUGGGGCCACAGUAGGGGAUCAAAGUUUUACAUAGAAAUUUAUAGGAAAAAUCAUUAGAAAUCUUCUUCUCAAGAUCCAAUGAGCCAGAAGAGCCGAGAUUUACAUGAAAACUUCCAGACAUAGUGCAGAUUCAAGUUUGUUCAAAUCAUGGCUCCCGGGGGUAGAUUGGGGCCACAAUAGGGGAUCAAAGUUUUACAUGGGAAAUUGGGAAUAAUAGAAAAAACCUUUAAAAAUCAUUCUCUCAAGAACCAAUGGGCCAGAGGAGCUGAGAUUUACAUGAAAGCUUCCUGACAUAGUGCAGAUUCAAGUUUGUAAAAAUCAUGGCCUCCAGGGGUAGGUUGGGGCCACAAUACGGACUAAGGCUUUACAUGCAAAUAUAUAUGGAAAGUCUUCAGAUAUGGGUCAAGGUAACUCAGGUGAGCAAUGUGGCCCUUGGGCCUCUUGUUUCUCGUCUUGUGAUUCAGUGUUUGGUGAGGAAAAUUAACACACAUAUAAAUGAGAAAGCGAUCGACAAGGUCUGACCAGUAGUUAUAAUUUAAAGAAGCCCUGAUAACUGGAAAGCAUGGUCUGUUUGCUCGGAAGUUGGCACUGGGAGGAUUCCGGAAUUCAGCUAUGUGGAUCAUUAGAUAAGAUGGACAAACAGUCUAGGUGUGGCUGUUAGGUAGCAUAUCGAACACACCGCUAAUCUCUGGAACAUCUCAACACGUACCUGGCUUCAUUAAGUAACAUUGCAUCCCAACCUUCAAUCAAUAUGAGGACAUAUAUUGGGUUCCAGCUUUUUAUUAAUUUUCUUCUAAUUAAUUAAGGUAUUAAGAUUUUUUUUAAUCAAAUAAAGGACAUGAUUUGGUGUCUAGUGCUGCAAACAGGUAUUAAGAUAUUUUUUAAUCAGAAGGUCAUGAAUUGUGGUGUAGUUCUGCUACCAGCGUUAGCAAUCCUUGUCUUUAGCUUAGUUAAUUCAGCCUCUUUUUGACUUGUUUUAUUAUUUUGUAUGAUGACUUUGCACUUAUUUUGAUUUGAGGAUACUGACCUAGAGUGAGGACGGAUCUGGCAUUUUAUUUUCUUGACUCUACUGUCUAAGAAGUCAUUUUGGGGACCACUUAUGGUUUUUUGUUUUUUGUUUUGAUAAGGAGAAUUACAACAGGAAAAGGACUGUUAGGAGAUAGUGAUAUAAGGGACAAGAAAUGCUGUCAAAUCCAAUCAUAAAACACAGUAUAGAGGAGUUGAUAGAGGCCAGUGCCUGGUGGAGAUAACACAGGAUUUGGGGGAUUUUCAUUUGCUUCCUGGUUCAAUAUGCCUGAUCAAUACAUCAAUCAGUUUGAUAUGUUUAAGAAAUGCUCCUUGUUGGCCUAGAAGUAUUAUAUAUACCCUGAGUGAAAUCCUGAUUCAACAGCUAUCUCUGAUGUUACAUAUUUUUUUUCUGUAGAUGUAAAGAUAAUUGAAAUAUAUUGAAAUAUUGCUAUUCUUUAGGAAAUAUUUAACCCCUUCUAUGCAGAGUCUUUUAUUACAAUUGGCCCAUCUAAUUAAUUAACUGAUGAGUCAUUUGGCCUUGCCAUAAAUAAGAUUUUAAAGGUGCAUGUGUUUCUGUGCAGGAAAUACUGUAGAUGUCUAGAUGUGUAGAGAAAGGGCCUUCUGAUGGACAAACAUUUGGUUAAUCAUAUGCAGUGGAAAUGAGUAAGGCCUGAAAAAUUUUUCUUAAAAAAAAACAAAAAACCAAGGAGCAGUGUAAAAAUCCUCUGAUUAACAAAUAUUGAAGUUAAUGUGUACUUUUGCAUAUUUUCACAGAAAAGUAUUUAAUUUGCUGUGAAAUUCAUGAGGUACAGACAGCAUAAAAAUAUGUCCCAGUUACUGUCAGAUUUUGGAGACAAGUUGUAGUUUUGUGUGUUUGGUGGUCAGUAUUGCACACGGUCAGAUUUUGGAGACAAGUUGUAGUUUUGUGUGUCUGGUGGUCAGUAUUGCACACUGUCAGAUUUUGGAGACAAGUUUUAGUUUUGUGUGUCUGGUGGUCAGUAUUGCACACUGUCAGAUUUUGGAGACAAGUUGUAGUUUUGUGUGUUUGGUGGUCAGUAUUGCACACUGUCAGAUUUUGGAGACAAGUUGUAGUUUUGUGUGUCUGGUUGUCAGUAUUGCACACCUGUAAACUCGUCAGCAGUACCUGGACCUCCGUCUCUCAGAUGUUCGUCAGAGAUUCCCCCAUCACCUAGAGAAACCACUAUGAUGAGGAUAAAUCCCGAGCUCCGGCACAAACACAGUCAUUGUCAUGUUUACCAGAGAAAGUGAAAAUAACCCGCGUUAUCUCAGCUGAUGGAUAACAGAUUAAGAGCCGGCAGAUGUCGGCCAUGACAGAUGAUGGUGCUCCAAUGGUACAGCAGUUCAAGCACACAGAAGACUCGGAUGUCAGUUCCUCUAAGUCGCCAUACGGAUCUUCAGAAGGUUCCCCUCGAUUAGACGACGAAGAUUCUAAUGACGAACCUCCAUUUAAAUGUGUCAAAACAGAGCCCAGCAGUGUUCUAUACCGAGACUCACCCAUGCCAAUAAGUACACACAUACAGUGUGGUUUACAGUUCAAACUCGAAAAUCCUAGUCCAGAACGUCAGUCCCUGUCAGACUUGAGCCCAAAUUCCUUGGACUCGUCCGUUUCCUCUAACGGGAGUGUAAUACCUCAGAUCCCCUCGCCCAUCAAUUCUCCUGUCAUCGGUGAGGAGGGCGUCAGUGCUUUUACAAAAACUGUCCCCAAAACGUCAGACCAGAAACUGGCCUUGAUCAAACUAAGUCAGAUUAAGAGUGCGUUCAAUUAUAGAUCUCCAAAUAAACCUACGUCUAUCGGACAAAUGUUUGCUCUGAAAAAACGAAUAAAACAGGCCCAGCUGAAUGGGGAUGUUAAUCUGACGGCCAACUCCCCCUCCCCACUGACUGAUGGAGAGAUGGUGAACAGACUGUUGUCCAAGGAUGAGUCGAAGAAUGGAGGCAAGCCGGUGCAGACAGAGCCAGUGGAUUUGUCAGUCAGUAAGAAGUCCCCAGAUCACUCCGGCAGUCACCCUAUAGACAUAAGCUGUGUGAAGAAAGAGGAAGACAUGAUGAUGUCAGGAGACACUGUGAAGAUUGGGUCGGCUGCGCUCUUGUCACUGCAGCGUAUCAAAGAGGCCUCAAAUAAGUUUAAAAUGAUGGGUUCCCCAAGUUCACCUCGACCGGAAAGUCAACCGUUUCCCAUGGCAGCCGCUUGUGAUGCAUUUAUAGACAGAGAAAAAAAGAGACGGGUUCACCGGUGUGACUUUGAUGGCUGCAACAAAGUUUACACAAAGAGCUCACACCUGAAAGCUCACAGACGAACACAUACAGGUGAGAAACCGUAUGUAUGUACAUGGGAAGGCUGCACAUGGCGAUUUGCGAGAUCAGACGAAUUGACACGUCAUUUCCGUAAACACACUGGAGACAAACCAUUCAAAUGUAAUGUAUGUGAGCGGGCUUUCUCCAGGUCGGAUCAUUUAUCACUGCACAUGAAGAGACAUUGAUUUGUCAUGAUUCUUUUAAGCUUACCGUUUGACUUCUGUAAGAAGUUACCACAGUCCAGUUAAAAAAAAUGGACCAAUGAAAUGCCAUCCUUUCAGUUACUGCUAAUUGCCUUCCUGUUGGUGAUUAGUUGCCAUGGCAGUGGUUCCUACCAGAGACACCUUUUCUGGGUACCUGUUACCUAGAUUUCUGUGCAGCAAUAUGUUAAUGUAUUGUCACAAAUACUUAUACACUUCACUGGGUGCAUAUACUGACUUAGGUUGACAAGUUUAGCCAUGGAUACAAAAUGGAUGCCUCCGAAUAUACAGGGUACAACAGCCACACAACAGGCAUCCAUACCAGGGACAUAUACCAGAGCAAUAAGGAAUGACAAUGUGUUCUGGUAUUUAGUGUACAGACUUGGCUUGGCAUGAAUACCUCUGCUGGCAAGAGGCUAUGCAUGCAGAGAAACUUAGAUUAUUUCGCUACCAAGGUGGUGCAGACUUCAGCUGUACAUAUUUGAAUGUCAUGAGCUGUUUUUAUCACUUGAAUGAAUUUUAUGUCAUUUUAUAGUAGCUUUUUGUGAGAGAAAAUGUUAUAAGCAUGCACUACAGUACAUUACUCUGUGUGAUGUUUUUGUUUGUGGAGAAAAAGGUCACUGAUAGUCGUAAUCAGUGUUCAGAUACCGGUAGUUUAAUACUAUCUGUUAGAAGAUGUAUUGUCAAUGAAAUGUUUGCUUGGCUGUUGAAUGAAUUGUUUUUAUCUCGGCCUGUCAAAAAACUUUAUCAAAUGUCAGCAAAAGUGAUCGUCCACUCAAAUGUUGCAUUGGUUUAAAUGCAGCAGGAAAUGAUUUACUGAGCACGACGGGAGAAGCAAUAAUUGUUUUCAAAGAUUCGGGGGAAAAAUGUAUCAAGAUUGUUAUUUGUUACGAUAUAUAACAGUGCAAAAUUCAAGCAAUAAUGAUGGUUUAGUAUAUGAUACUAGUACAUGAUUUUUUGUUUCCAUUCUACAGAGAAUCAUUGUUAGAUUGCUAAAGCUACUUGUAAAAAGAAUUCACUGCUGAGAAUAUAUACAUUUGUUUGUUUCCUUUUCUCUCAGGUAGAAAAGAAUAGUUUUCCUCAGAGCAAUAAAUUUUGUUACAUUGUUGCCAAAUAUGUAUUUAUUUGUUUUUGCUUUUGUUUUAAGAAAUCUGCUGACACAAAUAGUAUUUUUUGAAUUGUCCGUGUCUUUGACGGUGCUAGUUAUGUAGAACCAUCAUUUGUUGUUGUUAAUGGAUGUAGAAAAUAAGUCUAAGCAGAAAAUUCGUCAUGUAAUGAAUGUUUGAUACAUCAAUGUGAAUCUGCAUCUGUUGAUGUGUAUAUCAUCUUUUCGUGUAGAGAAGUGUCGUUUUCUCCAGGUGAAAAGGACAAAGAAAUUAUUGUUAGCUUACAUCAGUGUAUAGUAGAAUAGGGUGGGGUGGGUUUAGGUUGUAAUGACAAUAUGUAAAUUUCAUAAAAAUUUGGGUAGACUUCAGUAUAAAUGAAUUUUAGGCUGUAUAGCAAUAAUCCAAUGCUUUUUUGUACAGGAUUGAAGCAUUGGUGCACUGAAUUAAAUAAGUUAUUUAAUUUGAAAGUGUAAAUUUUUAGCAUUUGUGUACAAAGAAAAAGCUUUUAUCAUUUUACAUGUUUUAAAUAUUUUACUGAGUAAGUGAUCAGGUGGGACCAAGUUCAAAUGUUACUUCCUGAAUGAAUUUUUAAAAGAGGAUCAUGUGUUCAUAUAUUGAUAGAGAUUGCUAUAUUUUUCAGAACAUUUGCUUCAUAUGUAAGAUAUAUUUCAUGAGCUUCAGUGUUGUCAAUAUGUACUCCAUGUUGUAAUUCUGUCAAAAUCUAUAAAAUUAUUGCAGUUGUAAAUUAAUUAAUUUAUUAAAAUGCGAUCAAAUCUA